AUGAACACAGCGGAGAGGGCUGGGGGAGGAAGCCUCCUCGUCCUCACGAUGGCCCUGUUUCUGCAAGCCUGCGGCGGCGCCGCCAUCGCCGCCGGCAAUCUCCACCCCCUGGUUCUCAUCCCCGGCGACGGCGGAAACCAGCUGGAGGCCCGUAUUACCAAGGACUACAAACCCUCCAGCCUCGUCUGCAAGUGGUGGACCCGCCAGCCGGCGGCUGAAGGCGGCGGCGGGUGGUACCGUCUCUGGUUCGACCCCCUCAUCAUUCUCAGCCCCUUCACCCGCUGCUUCGCCGAGCGGAUAGCCCUCCGCUACCACCCAGAGCUCGACGACUACCGCAACGCCCCCGGCGUAGAGACCCGGGUCCCCGGUUUCGGCUCCACCGAAGCCCUCCGCUAUCUCGACCCCAGUCUCAGGUAUAAUUAUUUUCUAUAAUCUCAUAAAGACUGAUCUGAUUAAUUUCAGAGGCGGGGAAAUUGGGUUUUAAUUUUUAACCUAAAAGAUUUGACUUUUUUUGUUCUUUCUUUCAGGCAUUUGACCGACUACAUGGGAACCCUUGUGAAGUCCCUAGAGGAGGAGAUAGGCUACGAAGAAGGCAAGAGCCUCUUUGGGGCCCCCUACGACUUCCGCUACGGGCUGGCCGCCGAGGGCCGCCCCUGCAAGGUGGGCGAGGGCUACCUCCGCGACCUGAAAGAGCUCAUCGAGAACGCCACAGUCGCCAACACCGGCAGGCCCGCCGUUCUCGUUGCCCACAGUCUGGGAACCCUCUUCAUGCUCCAGCUCCUCGCUCGGAACUCCCCCGAGUGGCGCCGCCAGUACAUCAAGCACCUGGUGGCUGUCGCGCCGCCGUGGGGCGGCGCCGUCGUCCAGAUGCUCACCUUCGCCUCCGGAUCCACUCUGGGCAUCCCCAUCGUCGACCCCUUGCUGGUGCGCGCCGAGCAGAGGACCUCCGAGAGCAACAUGUGGCUCCUCCCCGCGCCGAGGGUCUUCAAGAACCAGCCGCUGGUGGUGACCCCCGAGAGGAACUACUCCGCCAUGGACAUGGCGGAGUUCCUCCAGGACAUUGGCUACGGCGAAGGCGUCCUCCCCUACCAGACCCGGAUCCUGCCGCUGGUGGGGGAGCUGCCGGCGAUGGAGGUUCCGGUGACCUGCGUACUGGGCACGGGGGUGAAGACGCCGGAGACGCUGGUGUACGGCGAAGGAGGGUUCGAUGCUCAACCGGAGGUGGUGUAUGGGGACGGCGAUGGGACGGUGAACUUGGCGAGCUUGGUGGCGCUCGAAGCAGAGUGGUCGGGGAAGACGAGCCAGCCAGUGAAACUCCUCACAGUGCCCGGCGCCUCCCACAGCGACGUGCUCAAGGACCGCGCCGCCGUCGGCGAGAUCAUCCGCGAGAUCGCGGCCAUCAACUCUCUCUCUCUAAAUGGGUCGGCCAAAAGAUCAAAUAUUUGA